AUGCCUGUCCACGCCGCUGAGGAGAACGCCACUGGCAUCGCCAAGGAUUCAUCCGACUCUACGGCAUCGACCCACAAGAACCACAACGUGGAUACUGGAGUGAACCCAGGAGGCGUGCAUGCCAAUGCCCACAAGGCGAACCCGGGACCCGUCAUCGCUGAGAACAUUGGAAAGCCGGAGAGCAAGGAGGCGUUGAAGAAGAGAGCCGAGGAGCUAAACCAGUAG